GGUGGCUGGUCUCCCCUCGUGUCAAAUAAAUACCAAUGGCUACAAAUUGAUCUUGGUGAGAGAAUGGAAAUCACUGCUAUUGCUACCCAAGGUGGAUAUGGGAGUUCUGAUUGGGUAACAAGCUACCUCCUGAUGUUCAGUGACAGUGGAAGGAAUUGGAAGCAAUAUCGUCAAGAAGAAAGCAUCUGGGGUUUUUCAGGAAACACAAAUGCAGACAGCGUUGUAUACUAUAAACUUCAACAUUCCAUCAAAGCUAGGUUUCUACGCUUCAUCCCUCUGGACUGGAAUCCUAAUGGCAGGAUUGGGAUGCGGAUUGAAGUAUAUGGUUGCUCAUACAGAUCUGAAGUGGUAGAUUUUGAUGGAAAAAGUUUCCUGCUCUACAGAUUUGAUGAAAAAUCCAUAAGUCCCUUAAAAGAUGCCAUUUCUUUUAAAUUUAAAACAAUGGAAAGUGAUGGAAUUCUGCUCCACAGAAAGGGACAAAAUGGCGAUUAUAUAACCUUGGAAUUAAUAAAAGGAAAACUCUUCUUAUUCAUUAAUUCAGGUGAUACUAAACUGCAUUCUACUAACAGCCUCAUUAACAUCACCACGGGCAGCCUGUUGGAUGAUCAGCACUGGCAUUCUGUCCUCAUUGAGCAUUUUAAUAAACAAGUAAACUUUACCGUGGAUAAACACACUCAACACUUUCAUGCAAAGGGAGAAUUCAAUUACUUGGACCUAAAUUAUGAGCUCAGCUUUGGAGGGACUCUAGCAGCUGGAAAAUCAGUAUCAUUUUCCCAUAGGAAUUUCCAUGGCUGUUUUGAAAAUCUGUAUUGUAAUGGAGUUAAUAUCAUUAAUUUGGCCAAGAGACAGAAACCUCAGAUCUACAUCAUGGGAAAUGUGUCAUUUUCUUGUUCGCAACCACAGACAGUUCCAGUCACUUUUUUGGGCUCUGGCAGCUACCUAGCACUACAUGGCUCCUCAGGGCAGGAUGAGAUAUCUGUGAGUUUUCAAUUUCGCACUUGGAACAAAAUGGGACUUUUGCUGUCCAGUAACUUUCAUCAGCAUUCAGGAGGUCUUCUCCUCUAUCUUCAUGAUGGAAAAAUUAGACUGAAUCUCUUCAAACUAGGAAAACAACAGAGUGACAUAACAGCAGGAGUUGAAUUAAAUAAUGGACAAUGGCAUUCCAUUUCCUUAUCUGCUAAAAGAAAUCACCUGAGUAUAAUGAUAGAUAAUGAUGUGACUUCAGUUCUGCAUUAUGUGCUGCCAAUGCAGAUUUAUUCGGGAGACAUCUAUUAUUUUGGAGGUUGUCCUAAUACCAGCUCUGACUCCGAAUGUAAAAAUCCUUUUGGUGGUUUUCAGGGAUGUAUGAGACAGAUUUCCAUUAACAACAAAGUUGUGGAUCUGAUUUUGGUGCAGCAGAGCAUCUUUGGGAAUUUCAGUGAACUUCAGAUAGACUUAUGCGGCCUUAUAGACAGGUGUUUACCUAACUAUUGUGAACAUGGUGGUGAAUGCUCACAAUCAUGGAACAGUUUCUAUUGCAACUGUACAAAUACUGGUUACAUGGGAGCUACUUGUCAUUCCUCCAUCUAUGAGCAGUCCUGUGAAGCCUAUAAGCACAGAGGGAACACUUCUGGUUUUUACUAUAUCGAUUCAGAUGGAAGUGGGCCCCUGGGACCUUUCCUUGUAUACUGCAAUAUGACAGAAGACACUGCAUGGACCAUUGUACAGCACAACAGCUCAGACGUCACCAGAGUAAAAAGUUCCAAUCGAGAAAACCCUCAUACUGUGUUUUUCAAGUAUACUGCCAAUACAGAACAGCUCCAGGCUACAAUUAACCAUGCAGAACACUGUGAACAGGAGCUUGCUUACCACUGCAAAAAGUCUCGGCUUUUAAAUAAACGAGAUGGAAUACCAUUAAGCUGGUGGGUUGGAAGAACCAAUGAAACACAGACUUAUUGGGGAGGUUCCAUGCCUGGUGUUCAAAAGUGCACUUGUGGAUUAGAGGGAAACUGCAUUGAUUCUCAAUAUUACUGCAACUGUGAUGCCGACAGGAAUGAAUGGGCUAAUGAUACUGGAUUCCUUUCUUACAAAGAACAUCUGCCAGUAACUCAGAUAGUAAUUACAGAUACAGACCGACCAAACUCUGAAGCUGCUUAUAAAUUGGGGCCGUUGCUUUGCCGAGGUGAUAGAUCAUUUUGGAAUUCAGCUUCCUUCAAUACUGAGACAUCAUACCUUCAUUUUCCUACCUUCCAUGGAGAACUUAGUGCAGAUGUGUCUUUUUUUUUUAAGACUACAGCUUCAUCAGGUGUCUUUUUAGAGAACCUGGGGAUUAAAGACUUUAUAAGGAUAGAGCUACAUUCUCCAGCUGAAGUAAUGUUUUCAUUUGAUGUGGGGAAUGGACCAUUUGAAGUUAUGGUGCAAUCACCUGCUCACCUAAAUGACAAUCAGUGGCACUAUGUCAGAGCUGAAAGAAAUAUUAAAGAAGCAUUGCUUCAAGUGGAUCAGCUCCCACCAAAAUCACAGCCUGCUCCAGUUGAUGGACAUAUCCUUUUACAACUCAACAGUCAGCUAUUUGUUGGUGGGACAGCCUCCCGGCAGAAAGGAUUUCUGGGAUGCAUUCGAUCUUUACAGUUGAAUGGGAUAGCCCUGGAUUUGGAAGAGAGGGCCAAGAUCACCCCAGGGGUGGACCCAGGAUGUCCAGGACAUUGUAGCAGCUAUGGGAAUUUAUGUCACAACGGAGGAAAAUGUAAAGAGAAACACAGCGGAUUCUCUUGUGACUGUAGCUUCUCUGCAUACAGUGGGCCAUUCUGUUUGAAUGAGAUUUCUGCAUAUUUUGGAUCUGGUUCCUCUGUGACUUACAAUUUUCAAGAAUAUUACACCUUAAGUAAAAAUUCCAGCUCGCAUGCUGCUUCAUUUCAUGGUGAUAUGACAUUGAUCAGAGAAACGAUCACAUUUAGCUUUCGAACAACGCGGACUCCAAGCUUGCUGCUUUACAUAGGCUCCUUCUAUAAGGAAUACCUUUCAGUUAUUCUUGCCAAAAAUGGAAGUUUGCAGAUUAGGUACAAAUUAGAUAGCCAUCAAGAACCAGAUGUUUUUAGCAGCAAUUUCAAAAACAUGGCUGACGGACAGCUUCACCAUGUGAAGAUUAACAGAGAAGAAGGUGUACUCUUUGUGGAGGUUAACCAGAAUGCAAAAGAGCAAGUCACCCUGUCCUCUGGUAUAGAAUUCAACGCAAUCAAAUCCCUUGUUCUUGGCAAGAUUUUAGAAAAUAGUGAUGUUGACCAGGAGACAAUGAAAGCCAACUCUCAGGGGUUCACUGGAUGUCUCUCUUCUGUGCAGUUUAACCAUAUUGCUCCUUUGAAGGCUGCUUUACACCACUCCAGUUCAGCCCCAGUCAUUGUUAAAGGACAUGUAGCUGAAUCCAACUGUGGCACUUUAACUGGGGCUGAGUCAACACUGAGUGAAACAACACAUUCGUUUGCAGAUCAUUCUGGACCAAUAGAUGAGGGAGAGCCCUUAGCUAAUGCAAUCAGAAGUGACUCUGCAAUAAUUGGAGGUGUGAUAGCGGUUGUGAUAUUUAUCUUGCUUUGCAUCACCGCCAUUGCAGUACGGAUUUAUCAACAGAAAAGCUUGUACAAAAAAAAUGAGACAAAGAGGGCAGAAAAUGAAGACUGUGCCGACACUGCCCUGAAAAGUGAGCUCACCAUGCAAAAUAGAGUUAAUGAAAACCAGAAAGAAUAUUUCUUUUGAUUGGAAGUUAUGAUUUAAUUUAAUACUAUGAUAGUCUGACUUUCUUGCUAAGCCAGGGGCUCUCAAUGGACAAAAAAGAAAACAAAAUAAGCUCUUGCACUCAAAGUAAAUGCAACGGAUUUGCAGAACUCUUAUACUGCAUACAUUUCAGUCUCAGUGAUUGCUCUAGGAGGCCUCUUUCAAUUGACAUAUAUUCCUUAGCUAUCAUAAAUGCAUUUUAUGUAACAGUGAAUUAGAUAUUGUAACCAAUUUCAUUGUUGGUAGUUUCUGACUGUUCUGACGUGCUCCUCUACACCUGAAGUUUAACAUGUAUAACGCAUAUGGAUUUUAAAUGGGAGAAUUGUUAUGAACCUGUUACCCUACUCCUCUUUUAAAAUGAAAUUCAGGAGUUUUGUUCAAGGACAAAAUUCAAAGUUGAACUAUAGUGAUUUGCUUUAAUUGAUUUUUUUUUUUGCCUAUGCUCCCUUUAGUUACUCCUUAUUUAUGAAAAAUAGAACGGGAAAAGGUAAUUGAUUACUGUGAGCACCUAGUCAUGAGUGAUAGAUAGCCAAGUUACCCAAAAUAAAUAACCCUGUUGGUUCUCCCUGUAAGAUGGUCAAUAUUAUGCAUUAUUACACUGGGAAUGAGUCUGUUUUAGAAUACGGGUUUCUGUUUUUGU